UUGCAGCCCUGCCAAGUGGGGUUACAUUCCCUUCCCCCAAGUCAAUAUCGCUGCUUAAGAGGAUUCAAGCACUUCCUCUUUUCGGGAGGACCCCUACGUCGAUGAUAUCAGAUGAGAAGCUAGUGCUCCAUCACAUCGUCCAAGACCCCACCGGGCCGUGUGGGGUUGCGAUAAUUUUUUUGACUAGGCGGGUCCGUCAAAGGGUUUGGUCAUACCACAGUUAACCUCUUUGUCGAAGUCAGCCGCUCAGCUCGCUCUACGAGCGUCGUAGGCUUCUCCCGGUGGGGGCCAUAUCAGCAAUGGAGGGAGUCCAUCUAUCGAGUUGUUGGCCAACCUACUGGAGGUGGUACCUCUGAUCAAGCACCGCUUAUCGAAGUCAGAUGUGGUUGGUCCUUCAACGACGAUACGCGCGAGGAACCUAUAUCCUAGAUGGAGGAUGAUGCCGAGCCAUCUUUGAGUAACACACCUUCUGAUCCCCUUCCCAUAAUGGGAGUGGAUGGUGUAGAGGACUAGAGCUCGAUCUUGGCUCUCGACACCGUAGGGGGUUCAGAUGGAAAAAAAGCUAGGCUAAGGCAAGAUGGCUUAGCUGGAGGAGGUCAUGCUAUUGUGAUUCAAGUCCACAAUGAUCCUCCUACCUGCUCUUCCACGGUUCACGUUAAGGAGACCGGGUGUGCAUGCCUUUCAAUUCCUGCUUCAACCUCCCCACCGAACCUUCUCUCCUCAAUCCCUAUGGUUUCAUCGGAAACGUCCAGAAGUCGAUUGGGGUCAUGGCUAGAUGACUCUUCAUCCACAGGUAGGUAUUGGGCACCUUCAGUAUGUGAAACGAGUGUUUGGACGAGGCUUUUGAGGCGGUCACAGUCAGUUUUGUUCCUCUCUACCUUUCUUGUCUCUUUUGGUUCGGGUUUGACGCCUUUCCCGUGUGAUAUUUUUCAACUAGUUGGGCGCUUCCACACCCUAUCGUUGGCCUUUCAAGAUGAGCUGGAGGAUGGGAGACUGUGGGAGCAGGACCAUCAGGUAAACUCCAACGCCUUCGUGACCAAAUGAGGGAUGCUGGUUACGUUAUCGUGACGCACGUUCAAGCUGAGCGGCUUCGGGUAAAAAUGGCAGGUGCUCGGGAGGAUGCUUCAAAGGUGGAGGAAAGAGUGGCCCUUCUUCGUACUGAGCUGGUCUGCACACAACGUCGAGAGGCUACGGUCGAGUCCUACGUAAGUGGAAUCGAAAAGGACUUGGAGAUGGCGAAAGCUGAAGCAUUCGUUUGCGAUGCCAGGAUCGCUGAACUUGAGUCACGUCUCCUAGACGCUGAAGAUAGGCUUUUCAAGGCCGAGGAAGGGGAUCCCCUAGCAGAGUCUGACCUUGUGAAGUCAAAAGAAGCUGAAGGUACGACCCUAGACUCCCUAGGGCGAGAGUCUGCUUCGGCCACCAGCCUUAAGAUUGCAUUGGAGAAGUUGCGAUCCGAGCACGCCACUACUCUAGCAACCACCGAAAGCUCCCUUAUUCACUUCCAGGAAGGGUUGCGGUCGGCUAGAGCUUCUAGAGUCCCAUUUUCGUGGUUCUGCUGCCUUUCACUUACUAGAGAAGGAAAUUCAGCAGGUGGGGGUUGAU